AUGGCUACGUGGUGCAUUUGGGUGGUUUUGGCUCUUGUUCUAGUUGCAACAAGUGCAAGAAAUGUGCCUGUUGGAGAAGGUGGUUUGAAGGAUCAGAAGAAUUUCAUUGGUGGGUUUGGUGGCUUUUCAGGAAUUGGUAACAAUGGUUUUUCUUUUGGAGGUGUAGGUUUUGGCGGUGGUGGUGACGCUGGUGGUGGCGGACUUGGCGGACUAGGAGGUGGUGGUGGUGGAUUUGGUGGAAUAGGAGGUGAUGGACUCGGCGGAAUAGGAGGCGGGGGUCUCGGUGGAAUAGGUGCCGGUGGACUUGGCGGAAUAGGAGGUGGUGCACUCGGCGGAAUAGGAGGCGGGGGUCUCGGUGGAAUAGGUGCUGGUGGACUCGGCGGAAUAGGAGGCGGGGGACUCGGUGGAAUAGGAGGUGGUGCACUCGGUGGAAUAGGAGGAGGUGGUAGUAGUGGACACAGUGAAAUAGAAGGGGGUGGACUCGGCAAUGAUGGCGGACUAGGUGGUGGUGGUGACGGCGGAAUAGGUGCUGGUGGAACCGGUGCUGGUGGCCUCGCUGGUUCUUCUGGACUCGGAGGAUUUAACGGGCUAGGUGGUGGUGGACUUGGAGGUUCUGGUGGUAGUGUCUUUCCUCAUCCUUGA